CAACCGGAAGCGGAAGUCGCUGUGCUCUCAGAAGUCGCCCUCAGGCCUCGGACCGGUUCGGUAUCAUUCAGUGGAUGAAGUCAGAACACCGGUAGGUUUUCCGGAGAGUUUGUGUCGCUGCGCGGAUUCUUAACGACUUCUUCUCGGCUUCUGUGUUGAUUUCAAGAUGGCGGCGUAUCACGGUUCCAGCAGCCUGGAGCCGUAGAACCCUGCCGGUCAUAUCACCAUGUAGACGGAACCGACUCACGGAACUAGACCGACGGACGGACGGCGGCUCGCUGGUCGCUAACCGGUGCCGCAGAAUCAGCGUGGCUGUGGGCUCGACCUGGUGGGGCAGCAGGCUGAUGGAGAGUGACUGUCGGAUCCCCGUGGCGUGUUGUCGGCCUCGAGUCCUCAUCCUGCACGCGCUGUUCUGGGGCCUCGUCUCUCUCCGGGUGUUUGGAGCAGGUCUGCUGAGUGAAGAGAGAACUCCAGCAGUGAAACCGGUGGUCGCCCCCUGCUGGCUGCUGGAGGACUUUGUAGUUACGACAGAGUGUUUGCAGUGUAAUGCUUUCCAGACUACAUCGUGGUCGUCCUGCGGACUGACGGGUUACGUGGAGAGAGUCAACUGCACCCGAUCCAACCGAGACGAGUACAAGAGCUGCCGCUCUGCUGUGAUGGAGGAACACCUUUUCUGGAAGUUCGAGGCGGCCAUGUUGGCUCUAAUGGCUGGGCUGGCGGUCGUGGUCGUGGUCCGUCAGCGCUGGCUGGACCGUCUCGCCUCUGAAAAGGUCCGCCGCCAGAUCGAAUCCAUCUAGAACACCGGAACCAGAAUCAAGUCUCUUAAUUCUGAUCCAGAACCGGGAGACGGUCGGGGACCAGGACCAAAGCUUGUUUAAAUGAAAUUUAGAAAUAUUUGAAUGGAUGGUGAUUUUAAACAAAAUCUGAUGUCUACACCAGACGUCAAACUGGACCCAAACCAGUCUGAACCGUUUCAUUAAAAUACUAGAUUGAAUUAUCACAUUUUUAGUUCCUUUUGAUAACGAAUUUGUUGUAUUAUAAUUGUGAUAUAUUAACAGAGGUUAGUAUUUGAGUUAUCCAUUUAUAUUCAAUUGAUAAGUUACAUUUUAUUUAUUUCACAUUUCUCUAGCGGGACACAUCUGUAACUAAAGUAACUUCAGGUUCUUGUUUAAAGAGGACAGAGUUGAUGAGUCUUCUACAUGUACGCUGCAGAGAAACCACCCGGUUGGAUGUUCGCUGACGUCAUCAGACCAACGCGAUUUGGUUUGUACAGCGUGGAUUCAAUGAAUGUGUGUACGGUUUAAAUUGUAAUACGGGCACAUGAAAUCUAGCAUGUUGCUUGGUUGAGUCACGUACUGUACCUGUUCCGUGUUACUGUGUCCUCAAAAUGGCUCCAAACUAUUUUGUGCUGAAAGGCAGCGAUUUACUCACUAUCUCUAAUGUCGCUGGCAGCCGUAUUCUAAAAACACUGAGGUACCCGAGGCAGUGCGUAUCCUAACAGCCUCACACCUUGUUGCUUAAAUAUAAUAAUGUGAUUGUGAAACCGCCACAGUCCCACAUACUACAAAUUCAUUUUUGGGCUUAAAGACGCUGAAACGGAACGUUUCAGACGAAUAUUCCCACAAUGAGAAAAAUGAUUUAAACGUAUGAAGGUCGAAACCCUAAAUACAAGCACGAGUCUUAAAAUGAGCAGGACAUCUCUGAAUAAACUGUUUAAAAAACC